AUGAGUAGUAGCCGUGAAAAGAAAAGAAGUAUAAAGUGUGCGGCUCAUGAAAUUGUUAAAGGAAUACCAAAUUCUCAAGAGGACAGGGUACUCGAUUUGCCUUCAGUCUCGACGACACCUGCGUAUGAAUGUUUUGCUGAACGAAUUUCAGACUCGAGCGCGAUAGCAAAAUUUGAAGAGGAUGCUCAAGUUGGUGAUAUUCUUAUAGUCAAAGUCAAACGAUGUGAUAUUGUGGGUGCAUAUGUGAAGCCUUUAUGUUUUGCCACACGAAUUAAACGUGAUUUGGAGUGGCUGGAUUUACAGUUGCUCACGCCUUUAUCAGCGCUUUCACGUCGCAUAUCUGUAGGUCAAUAUCUAGAGGCCCGAAUAUCAAGCGUAAAUCCAGUCAAAGUCGAGCUACUUGAAUUGAAAACACCGUUCUUUUGUCUUUUCGCUCUUUCAAUUAUGACUAUUGAGGCUCCACCGCUGUCUUCGAAUGAACUCCCAGAGUAUUUCAGGAUUGGCCGAGAGUUGCCGCGGCAUACUGAUUUGCGGACCUACAUUGAGGAUAGCAAAAUGAUGCGGAACACGUAUCUUGCGGAAACGCUU